ACGUCCACCGUAUUUUUAGAUUCUCUUUCAACACAUUUUCUAUUUACAUAACAAUGAAAUAAUCAUCAAAGAUCUUUCAGUCCAUCAAUAACCGUGUGCUCAGUAAAUCAGUAUUACAAAAUAUUAGCUAGUGCUUCAGUAAUAUUUACUGUCACCUCUACCUCCCCGAAUAAUUUAAGAAAUCCGGAGGAUGAAUAUCGCUAGAGGAUUAAAUCUCGUUAUCCAUCGUGCUGGCACGAUAAAGGACAGGCUCUUCUCCAGGAAAUAUUUAUUUUACACAAACGUAGGAAUAUCGAUAUCUUUAUCAGCAACUGGUGAUAUUUUAGAGCAACAUUAUGAAAUAUUGAAGGGUGAAUGGCAGACGUGGAGUCCUCUUCGAACCCAGCACAUGGCGAUAUCUGGGAUGACAGUUGGAGUAAUCUGUCAUCACUGGUACAAUUAUCUCGAUGCCAAAAUUCCAGGGAAAACAAUUAGCAUCGUAAUGAAGAAACUCGUUCUGGAUCAGCUGAUCUGCUCGCCUCUCUACAUCGGUGCCUUCUUCCUGACGUUGGGAAUCCUGGAAAACACGAGCUGGACGGAUCUCAAGGCUGAGAUGAAGGAGAAAUUUCACAAAUUGUACAUUGCGGAGUGGAUUAUCUGGCCACCAGCUCAGAUAUUCAAUUUCUAUUUUCUACCGACUCGUUUUAGAGUUCUCUAUGAUAAUACCAUCUCCCUGGGGUACGACGUCUACACGAGUCAAGUGAAACACGGGAAGAAGGAGAGGACGAAUGAUAUCAAAAUCAUUGAGUCAAACUAGGGUACACGGUUUUACUGAUUUUUAUAAAUAAAUUGUAAAUACAUGUCACCAAUAAAUACAAAUUGAUACGAGAAA